AUGGCGUGUCGAAUGUCCAUUGCUAUGGUCGCGUUCUGUAUGAUAGAACUUUUAAAUACAGUUACUGCAUUUCCCGCUUCAAGCACAGGGUUCCGUCCCUCGCCUUUUCCCCCAGCUUGGAAGAGAGCGUGUCAACAGAGUGUGCCGUCGGUGCCUGUUGGGGACGAGUAUUCUCACGUAAGUACGUCCAGGUUACUCGUGCGUGUGUUCUGCAGCCUAACUGACCGAGACGACUUACAAUGGACCGACUUCCGGUCUUGGGCUGCCAAAGCCCACAGUGUCCAGAUAGCUUUACACGUGAACUGCCCAGUCCGCCACCAAGGUAUCCUCAGACUACCCUGGCCAAUGAAAGCUCGAAACCUUGUUUAUCUGAAAGUGGAAAACUGUGCUUUAAUGGAUUAUGAGAGGGAACUCUUGUCCGCCCACUUAUUAGGAUUGUCGGACUCUCUUCGAGUUUUACACAUUAGCGAUUGUUUAAUGUAUCGCGACUUGACCGCAAUGGGUUUUGUUAUGGACAAUGGCAAGAACUUAUCUAAAGAUGUCUUUUGCGGGCCUCUUUCGCUCAGAAGCCUUGUCCUUCGAAGUCUCACUCACAAGUUUAUCAAUUUCCAGGAGAACACUAAAUCUAGGUUGACGAAGUUGGACAUGUCGCGCCGAGUCCUGAAAAGCGCCAAAACAUUCAUACCUGUAUCUAAUCUACAGGAAAAUCCGAUUAUGUGCCACUACCAUAGUCUCCUGCAUAUGGACGAAAGUGGUAAUAGGUACUUGGGACGACAGCACUUUCUCUUCAUGCAGUUCAAGGCUUCCUACCCGGCAUUGCUAGCAUACAACUUGUCAGAUAUCGGUGUAACCUCAGUGCCUCACGAACUAACCUCAUGGCGUUUUAAGUUUCCUAAGCUACAACAUUUAGACUUGUCCAGGAAUUCCGUAACAGGAUUUGACUUUGUGGACUACCACGGAAUGAGCACAGGGCCUCCAGGUAUAAUAGACCUGUCUCACAACAACAUCUCUAAAAUCAGCAAGAAGGGAUUCAGGAUAUUGACGCAUCUGCACACAGCCACUGUGAUCUUGACCGGUAACCCUUUAUCAUGCAAGUGUGGUGACAAUAGCUACUUGUUUUCCUUAUCUGCCACAGACAUGGCCAAAUAUGACUACCUGCGAAAACUGCCCUGUUACUAUCCGAAGAAGUCACGUGGGACGCCGUUUAACGAGAUCCCGCGAGAUCAAAUUUUAUGCAGGCCAACCACGCGACCAUCCCUGAAACUGACAGUGUCUGUGACUUUGGGAACAAUUCUUCUGCUUAUUGUGGUUUUAGUGUUUUGCAUCGCUCAAUACCUAAAAUCUCGAGGACCAAAGCCUACCGUUUCCGAGGACUUCUCACAUUCGCAGCCCGAUGUAGUACAUGUAAACCACAUCGAACACAACAAAAGCUUUAUAGACAACAAUGAAAUGGAGAAGUUCUGA